UGGCGAAAACCUGUAUUGCUUACUUCCAAAAAUUACAUUUGGCUUCAUUUUUCAAUUUUGGCGCAAAUUACGGUAACCUCUUAGUGUUGCCAUCGGUCACGUGAGACCCGCUAACUUCCGUAAACUCUCAGCGUUUGUCGUCGCAUAUAUCUGCAAACCUCGUAUAUAUCUCGUUGGGUGUUCCCAAUGUGAGCGCCUUCUUCGAUCAAAGCUAGCUGUUUAUAUUUUCAUACAAAGAAGAAACGUCGUGUCUAGCCCGAAUGACAGAACAUUUCCGAAAAGAAAUAUUUUAAAAGAGCACGUGCAUACCGUAAAAGAGAAGAACCUCGUCUGUGAAGUACUAUAUAACAACUGUUUACAAUAAAAUAUGAUUUAAACAUGCUUAAGCUUGUUCAUUCAACUCAGAAACCUCACCUGUGUGAUGUAUGUAACCGGUCAUUUAGCCGGAGAGGUCAUUUAGAGGAUCAUAUGUUUAUCCACACAGGAGAAAAACCUUAUGUUUGUGAGGAAUGUAACAAAUCAUUUAGACAAAAGAGAAAAUUAAAGAUGCAUAUUCUUAUUCAUACUGGAGAGAAACGAUUUCUAUGUCAAGUAUGUAACAAGUCAUUUGCCCAAAAGGAUGAUUUGAACAAGCAUAUACUUAUUCAUACCGGAGAGAAACCUCAUGAGUGUAUGGUAUGCCGUAAGUCAUUUGGACUAAAACAUAAUUUAAAAAUGCAUACACUUACUCACACAGGAGAUAAACCACAUGUAUGUAAUAUAUGUAACCAAUCAUUUAAACAUAAAAGUAAUUUAAAGGAGCAUAUGCUUAUCCACACAGGAAAGAAACCACAUGUGUGUGAGAUAUGUAAUAAGUCAUUUAGACAAAGUGGUGCUUUAAAUAAGCAUAUGCUUAUUCAUACAGGAGAUAAAUAUCAUAUGUGUGAAGUAUGCAACAAGUCUUUUACAAGGAAGUAUGAUUUGAACGUGCAUGUGGUUAUUCACACAGGAGAAAAACCUUAUAUAUGUCAAAUAUGUAACAAGUCAUUUAGUCAUAACAGUACUUUAAAAGUACAUAUGCUUAUCCACACAGGAGAAAAGCCUCAUAUGUGUGAGAUCUGUAGGAAGUCAUUUAGACAAACGUCUAAAUUAAACAGGCAUAUGCUUACUCACACAAAAGAAAAUUCAUCUGUAUGAGAUAUGUAAUAAGUCAUUUAAACUAAAAGGUUAAAAUAAUUGUAUGUUUAUUCACUUAUGAGAGGAAUCUUGUGUGUACGUGUAAUCUAACAGUUUAUUUAGAUGAAAGAGCGAUUUAAAUUAGCAUGUGGUUGCCCACACAGUAGAAAAACCUCAUGUGUUGGAGAUGUAUAAUAAAUCAUUUUGAGAAAAA